CUCGGAAGUCAUCAUCUGUGCUUUUGGGUCACCCUUACUGCUUGCCAAAAUCAUCUGUUUUCGAUUGAUCCACGUCAUCAUCCAUGUCCUUCAACGCGCCAGCCUUGGCAGCAUAUUUUGAAAGGCAGCGGCUCUUGCUAGCCCAAGAACGCUCAGCGGAACUACAAAGAAAUUCGCUCCUUCGAUCCAAUUGCGGACCGAAACUUUUGGAGCAGAAAGGUCUAGCUCUUGCCGGCUUGGGGGUUGUGACCGUAAAUAUCGGCCUCGGCGGUAAAACUUUAGUCGAAUUGGAACGUCCAGCUGCGUACCAUACAAGCCCGACCUUUCCUCCACAUACUUUCAGACCAGGAGAUCUCACACAAAUAGAGGAAAACAUUACAGCCAACUCAGCUCAGAAAAAGCCUAAGAAAUCUGUCGCUUCCUCUGAGCCUCAAAGCUCCCCAGUUGAAGGCGUCGUAUAUAAGAUCUCAGACACGCGAAUAAUUAUCGCUGUUGACCCAUCCGAUUCUUCAGACGAUCUCGAUCUGCCUGACCGCUGUCGCGUUUUGAAAAUUGCGAAUAGUGUAACUUAUGAUAGGAUGGAUAAAGCCGUAGACCAACUCGAAAAGACAGUCACCGAAUCCAAGUCCGAUGACAAGAAUGUGCCGCGGUUGACGCCUCUUGUCCAAGUUUUAAUGGGCUUGGCUGCAAUCUCCAAAAGGAUUCCGCUGGAAGAUAUACAAUUUUUCGAUAAGAGCCUCAAUUCAAGUCAAAAAGAAGCCGUCAAAUUUUGUUUGGAAUCCCCAGAGGUAGCAUGCAUUCAUGGCCCUCCAGGCACUGGGAAGACGCAUACCCUAAUAGAAAUAAUCCGACAACUCGUGUCUGUGUCGUCGACGUCCGAGAAACCUCGCAGACUACUGGUCUGCGGUGCCUCUAACCUAUCGGUGGAUAACAUUCUGGAAAGACUCCUGGCUCUUCCCGCUGAAGACAAGGGGAAAAGACUCAAAGUUACCCGCAUCGGCCACCCUGCGCGCGUUAUGGCCCAAGACUCCGUCUUGGAUGCUACAUUGGAUGUGAAGGCGGCCAGGACGGAUCAGGCAUCAUUAGCAAAGGAUGUGAAAAUGGAACUGGAAGCAACGCUCGGAAUUCUUUCAGGCAAAGGAAAGAGUGCCAAGGGAAAACGUCCUAAAGGUGCCGAACGGAGAAGGCUAUGGGAAGAAGUGAAGGCUUUGCGUAAAGAGUAUCGUCAGCGUGAAGGGGGCGUGGUCGAAGCUGUCUUAGGCGACUCACAGAUCGUUCUCGCAACAUGCCAUUCAUCUGGUGGUAGACAAUUACGAAAUCAUAUUUUUGAUGUGGUAAUCAUUGACGAGGCAACGCAAGCAUUAGAAGCUGUGUGCUGGAUCCCCAUAUUCAAGGCGAAAAAGCUGAUCUUAGCCGGCGAUCCAAUGCAGCUACCGCCAACGGUGCUAUCGAUCAACAAGGACUUUAAAACAAGAACCAACAAGAAGGCGCAGCCGCCUUCUAAGGAGAAACCAGCAGACUCAAAAAGCAAGGGUGGUCAGAAUUCUAAGCCUGAGACAGUAGCAGAAUCGGAUUCGGAAAGGACUGAUAGUGACUCGGAAGAAGAGCCGAUGCAAGCUCCAGUGGCUGUAUCUAAUGCAUCAAAACCCCCAAGCCUGAAACCUCCACGGACAUUAGAGACCACGUUAUUCGAUCGUUUAGAGAAAAUGUAUGGACCGAGCAUUAAAAGAAUGCUUCAGGUGCAAUAUCGCAUGCACUCCCAGAUCUGCGAAUUUCCGUCCAAAACACUUUAUGAAUCCAAACUAGAGUCACACGACUCUGUCGCGUCGCACUUGUUGAGCGAUGUCGUUCAAGCCGAAGGAGAUGAAGAGACGAUGAAAGAGGUGCUUGAGACACCCGUUGUCUUCUUCGACACGGCUGGAUGUGAGUACUUUGAGAGGCUCGAGGGAGACGGAGACGAGGGAUCUCGGUGUAAUGAGAAUGAGGCCACAGUCGUAAAGCAAUGGAUCGAUAAGUUGACGAGUAUGGGUGUCCUCGCUUCCCAGAUAGCAGUCAUCACACCAUACCAAGCGCAAGUCACUUUGCUCACGUCUCUGCUGAGACCUCAAUACGGAAGCGUUCUGGAGAUAGGUACUGUCGAUGGCAUGCAGGGUAGGGAAAAAGACGCUGUGAUUAUAAGUUUGGUAAGGAGUAACGACAAGCGUGAGGUAGGAUUCUUAAAGGAGAAGCGGCGUCUCAAUGUCGCGAUGACGAGAGCAAAACGGCACCUUUGCGUCGUUGGUGACUCCUCGACUGUCCGACAUGGUGGUCGAUACCUCAAAAACUGGCUCGCUUGGCUUGACGCCAAUGCAGACGUUAGGUAUGCUGGUCUCGAAUAAUGCCAUGUACCAAAACUAUUAUACAAUAAUUCUACAAUGUCACGUUAUCCAUGCGUCCUGGUAGGUCGUAUACACUAUCAUC